GUCGACUAGAGUUUUUCUUUUGGAGAACUCGGCGCGUUCGCCGUUUUCUCUCCCUCUUUAGAUUUCGUUUCACUCAACGGCUAAGUUGUUCUCCAACGACCAUGCCCGCGCUGCAUAGCUUCAAACACGCGAUGCCGAGUGUUUUGUGUCCGAUGCCUAGCUCUACCGUAAGACGAGUGUUUAACCAUCCCUCUUCUGAUUCUCUCUCUGCUUCAACCUCUCUCCACACAAACAACACGUCAAGUUCGUGGUUUGAAGUGCAAAAGGCAUGUAUGUAUGCAUAAUACGACAACAACACAGCAUUAAAUAAUCUACCUUAACAUACAUUAGGCUUCUUUUUCCCUUUAUUGGUCUUCUACACAACAUCGUGAACUGUGACGUGCUCCCUUUUUUUUUUGAGUUUUUCAGAACUCUGUUUUGUUGGUUUGUGUGUCUGUUUUGCAACGCUGCUGAAUUGCAGAGCUGCACAGCUCACGCAAACCGCAUUUUUAUUUUCCCUCUCACUGGAACUACGCAAUUAAACGCGAUCUCUUUUUUUUUCCUCGUCGUCACCACGUAAACGUCACUUUCGCGUUGACCGGCUAAUUGGAAAGUGCAGCAGGAAGGCUUCCGUAAACAUUUAAACUCCUUCUCUUCGGUGACUUCGCUUCAAUACUACCGUUUCCUUUGUUGAUUCUUCUACGGCGAAUUAAUAUUUCCUUCGCGUUGUUGUUUAUUUAUUUUGUCACUUUGUUUUUUCCAGAAGCGCUAAGGGCGUAGAGGUAUAUAUUUUGUGAUUGCCUCUCACCCGUAUGAAAGACGUUGCAUCCUUGAGCAGUUUACCUCGACAGGGCAAGAAGUUUGUUACGUGUUCCGCGUCCUCUUUUUGUUCUCCUCUCUUCUUUUUGUUUUGUUUUGCUGAUCAAGCGCGAUGACAUCAAAAGAUGCUAACGAGGAAAGUGCUUCCCGGCGGGUGGAUGCCGCCGCCUCUAGAGGGAUGGUAUCGCCUGCUUCCGGCGAGUCUGCCGCCCCGCCUCGCGUGACGCCGCUUCCGCGAAAACAGAUGAGUGUGCUGACUGUUGUACUCAUGUCGGAGUCUAUUUGCGGUACAAUGCUGUUGCCUUUUGUGCCCCGUUUUAUCGCCUACUUAAAGCACAUCAUGGUGGAGGAAGCUGGCUACUACACCGGCAUCCUUGUCGGUCUCUUCAUGCUGGGCCAAGUGGUGAGCAGCAAGCUGUGGGGCUACCUGAGCGACACCUACGGUCGCAAGCUGCCACUCACCACCGGCCUGCUGGCAAGUGGCGUUGCGAUGCUGCUCUUUGGUUACUCCAGAAGUUUCAUUGCGUGCUGCGUGCUGCGGUUUCUGCACGGUUUCUUCAACGGUAACACCCUCGUCGCCAAGACGAUGAUUUCAGACAUCACAGACCGCACCAACGAAGCGCAGGGCUUUGCCUUGGUGAGUAUCACGUGGGCUGUCGGCACGCUCUUUGGCCCUUUCAUCGGCGGCUUCCUCUACAACCCAUCAGCCAAGCCGUACCUGCAGUGGCUCGCUGGUGGCUCCCUGCGGUCCUUUUUUGAGAACUACCCCGCCUUCCUGCCGAGCCUCGCCAUUUUCUUUUACACGAUGGUUGCCUUGACGUUUUGCGUGUUUUUGCUGAAGGAGACGAACGUGCAUCGGAAGCACUUCAAGGACACAAAGCUGGGUCGCUGGGUGAGGGAAUUGCAGGCACGCCGCGAGGGAGCAACCGCAGCGUCAGAUGUGGUGCUCGUCGCAGAGGCGGACGCCGAGUUGGUGGACGGUGGGUCAAAGCGUGUUGCGGCGCUCAACGCAGGAGACAAGCAAAACGGCGCAGACGCCGCCUUCGGCGAGGUGCGGGAAACGUGCGCUGGCGCCGGCGCGGCGGUUGCCGCUCCUGCUCCUGCACAGCCGACCCUCCGGCGAAAGUUGACCUACGCGCAAGCCAUGAGCAUUGGUGCACUGCGGAACAUCACGAUCUUCUACAUGUUACUUGCCGCGUCGGACAUGACGUAUGGUGAAAUUCUGCCGCUGUGGGGUAACGCGGAGAGCGGUGUGGGUGGGAUGGGUCUCACGGAGAACGCAGUGGCACUGCUGAUGCUCACCUACAGCAUUCCGUCUAUCAUUGCGAACCUCUACUUCCACCACGUCUGUCGCUUUUUCAGCAAUGAGUACAUCGUCUUUUGGCGCUACUCCCUCUCUAUGUACACCGUCGCCACGCUCAUCAUUCCUGCUGGGUCGAAGAUGGGUAAUGGGGGCUACUACUACGUCAUGCUUCUUGGCAUGGCCCGUCAGGUGGGACUCUUGUGGUGCUACAGUCUCAUUCACAUGCUGACCGCAAAGGCUGCUCCACUCGGCUGCGUUGGGUCGGUAUAUGGCAUCAGCCAGUCCUGUGCCGCGGCCACCCGCUGCGUUGUCCCCUUCAUCGUCGCCCCACUCUUUGCGUGGUCGCUACGUAAAGGUCACAUCUUCCCCUUCAACUACUACCUCGUCUUUUUGGUGGCCGCCGUUCCGGCGGCAGCGUCGGUGCUGAUGAGCUUCUACGUACUGAUCACUCGCACCGAGGAGUGUGAGCUGGACUUCGCGGCACAGCCGGCUCUUGAGAACGACGCAGAUAACGCCGACUCGCCGCACCGCCGCACCGCCUUCGCGGACGGUGACGAUGACGGGGAAAGCGAAGACAGGGACGGCCGUGAGAGCGUGUACAUGUCGCUGGCGAGUUCUUUCUGCACAAAUCCAUUGCACGACACCUACGUGAAUCUGCCAGCGUUGGAGCGGACGAAUGCAGAGGCGGUGCAGGAGAUACGGAGGCACCGUCACCGCAUCUCUGGCGAGGGCAGCGCCACUGCCGCGGCGGUGCACCGCUCUGGCGCGCUGGACGCAGAGGACGGGCGGCACACCGUCGACACGGACGAGCGCUAUUUGCCAUCCUUCUCUCGUUCCUAA